CUCCACACAAGCGGAGCCGGGAUUUGAACGCCAGUCUUCAGAACUGUGAGGCCAACGCUCUAGCCAGUUUCUCCAGCGUGCCGCAUAUCAUAAACGUUCAUAACUUCGAUUUUAACACAUUGACAACAAAUUAAGUGUUGAAAUAAUGAAAUGCAUAUAAACCGCUUCAUGACACCAACGAGGAUUGGAAACGUGCACUCAUUAAACCUUUACACUUGUUUUUUGGGUUUUUUUUUUAACACUCACAAUCACGUUAAAGACGUUGUGGCACUUUUUUUUCGUUUUAAUAUAUAUUAAACAUCCUUGCACACCUCCGAAAUGACACUAUCGUGACGCGUGCACCUGGUGAGCGACGCAUGCGCAGAAGGCCCCAGGAGCAGUCGCUGCUGAGCUGGUGAGGCGAGGUGCGUUGUUUAUUCAGAAAGGGGGGGGUAAACACGCUACGAUGUCAGGAUUUGACAGCAACCCUUUCGCUGACCCCGUGGACCUAAAUCCCUUUCAGGAUGCCUCAAUCACCCAGGCCACUCAAGGAGGCGUUAAUGGUAUUCGGGAAUACAACCCGUUUUCUACAACGGAAUUGAAAGACCGCAGUGACACGACCAUCCCCAUCUCAGCAGUUUCCUCUCAACCCGCCAUACUCCAAACUUCUGUGGAGCAGAGUUCUCAGCAGGCAUCUGCUGCGGCUGCUGCCGGUCAAGCUAGUCUGAUCAAGCAGCAAGAGGAGCUGGAGAGGAAAGCAGCAGAGUUGGAGAGGAAGGAGCAGGAACUUCAGAACAGAACAACCCAAAACGCCGGCGCAGUCAACGAGAACAACUGGCCUCCCCUGCCCAAGUUCUUUCCUGUGAAGCCAUGCUUUUACCAGGACUUUGAGGCAGACAUCCCGGAGGAAUACCAAAGGAUCUGCAAAAGAAUGUACUACUUGUGGAUGUUCCACAGCGCCACCCUGUUCCUCAAUGUGCUGGCCUGCCUGGCCUACUUCACCGUGGACUCUCAAUAUGGCGUAGACUUUGGUCUGUCCAUCCUUUGGUUGAUGCUCUUCACCCCCGUGUCCUUCAUCUGCUGGUACAGACCUGUAUAUAAAGCCUUCAGGUCAGACAGUUCCUUCAGCUUCUUUUUCUUCUUCUUUGUGUUUUUCUUCCAAGUGGCUGUGUACAUCAUCCAGACUGUGGGGAUCCCCAAAUGGGGCAACAGUGGCUGGAUUACGUCCAUCAGCAUGAUCAACACAAACUUGGCUGUAGCUGUUGUCAUGAUGGUGGUGGCCGGCUUUUUCACUGUCAACGCGGUCCUGGCUGUAUUCCUGCUGAAAAUGGUCCAUUCUAAGUACAGACGUACAGGAGCCAGCUUCACCAAAGCUCAGCAGGAGUUCUCCAGCAACGUCCUGACCAACAGAACCUUUCAGUCUGCUGCUACAACAGCUGCUCAGGGAGCCUUUGGAAGAAACUAACGCAUUUGACCGUGCUCUUAAUUCAUUUUCUGUUACACUAGUCAUAUCCGCAGUGCACAUUUUAUAAUAACUGGGCAUAAAGAAAACAAUUAACUUGACCACAAACAUGGUUGUGGUUUGUGUUAAACGUGUGAUAUCCAGGUUGCAUGGUCACAUAGUGUAUAUAAUAGUGUAGGUGUCAAGCUGUCAGUCUUAUCUGGUGUAGGACUUGCAUGCGGUUUGAAAUGCACUCUACAGACAGUUCACUCGUGCAACAUGAACCUGGAAUCACAGAGUUUUGUGGACACUUUGCUAAAAAAGCUGAAUUGGACAAGGAUGCAGGGCAAAUUCCAUCAUAUUAUAUCACCACAAAUAAAGCAAUUUCAAGUUCGCCAAUGCCAUAGUGCUCUUAGAGCGCUACUUUUGAGAUUUAGAUCCUGUCAAGUUUUUUUUUUUUAAUGUACGUCACGUUUUUAAAGAAGGAAUACAGAAACAUGAAACUGUUCAUUCUGGCCAUCAGCCUUGAAUAAAAAAAAAAAAAAAAAACGUUAACAGCUAGAAAUGUUGUGGUCUGAACGUGAAAACCGAUGGCUGAGGUCAGCUCGUUUCAUAGUCUCCACAUGCACAGCCUGGCAAACACUGCAUCUCUAGAUGAAGGUCACUCUAGAUGAAGGUCACUCUUGACUGCGGCCCUGUUUUCUCAUGUAUACUUAUGAUAAAUCAUGAAGGAGUUUCUUUGCUUACUGGCUCAAACGAAGAUAGAAAAGUAACCCUUUGCCAAGCUAAGGUUAAGUUAUAUCUUGAGCAAGCGUAUUUCAUGCAUAUUGGUUUAAGAAUUCCACAGCUUCAGAGCCUCAAAGGAUGUGGGGUGGUUUUAUUUAUUCACUGUUGCUGAGACAAUGUAGACAGACCAAAAAGUCGAUUAAUGAGCAAAAGAACACUUGUGAAGAACUUUGUCUAUUUUUUAGACGCUGUUAGUUGUAUUACAUAUUGCACCGAUCUGAAACUCAAAAAUAAUGAUAGUCAAUUCAGUCUAAUUUUUAUUUGCUUGUCUGUUAACAUUUUUUUUCUUUUCAGCAUAGUUUUUGGAUGUUUUUUCCACUUAUUAAUUUUAUCUAUUUACAUUCCUUAGUCUGUCGCCUGCUUCGCCGGUUUAGCCUAACAUCUUCCAACUUCCUCUUCUGUUUUUUAUUUCCGUCACCUUUACAAAUGUAGACUCUUUGAGUGUUGCAAUUGCUAUAUCUUUGAAAUGUUCGAAUCCGGUUUGAAGACUAGAAAUGUAAUGGAUGCCCAAAAAUGAUUAUGCUUUUCCUUCGAGUGGACAAGUGAAAAUUGUUGUC